AUGGACGAGCGGCUGCUGGGGCCGCCCCCUCCGGGCGGGGGCCGCGGCGGCCUGGGGCUGGUGGGGGGGGAGCCCGGGGGCCCCGGCGAGCCUCCGGGCGGCGGGGACCCCGGCGGGGGCGGCGGGGGCGUCCCGGGGGGCCGAGGGAAGCAGGACAUCGGGGACAUUCUGCAGCAGAUAAUGACCAUCACGGACCAGAGCCUGGACGAGGCCCAGGCCAAGAAGCACGCCCUCAACUGCCACCGCAUGAAGCCGGCGCUCUUCAGCGUGCUGUGUGAGAUCAAGGAGAAGACCGGCCUCAGCAUCCGAAGCGCCCAGGAGGAGGAGCCGGUGGACCCCCAGCUCAUGCGCCUGGACAACAUGCUUCUGGCGGAAGGCGUGGCCGGGCCCGAGAAAGGGGGGGGCUCGGCCGCCGCGGCCGCAGCCGCGGCCGCUUCGGGGGGCGGCGUGUCCCCCGACAACUCCAUCGAGCACUCGGACUACCGCAGCAAGCUGGCCCAGAUCCGCCACAUCUACCACUCGGAGCUGGAGAAGUACGAGCAGGCCUGUAACGAGUUCACCACCCACGUCAUGAACCUGCUGAGGGAGCAGAGCCGCACGCGGCCCGUGGCGCCCAAGGAGAUGGAGCGGAUGGUGAGCAUCAUCCACCGCAAGUUCAGCGCCAUCCAGAUGCAGCUCAAGCAGAGCACCUGCGAGGCCGUCAUGAUCCUGCGCUCCCGCUUCCUGGACGCCAGGCGGAAACGCCGCAACUUCAGCAAGCAGGCCACCGAGGUCCUGAACGAGUACUUCUACUCCCACCUGAGCAACCCGUACCCCAGCGAGGAGGCCAAGGAGGAGCUGGCCAAGAAGUGCGGCAUCACCGUGUCCCAGGUCUCCAACUGGUUUGGCAACAAGCGGAUUCGCUACAAGAAAAACAUCGGGAAGUUUCAAGAGGAGGCAAACAUCUACGCGGUCAAGACCGCCGUGUCCGUCACCCAGGGGGGCCACAGCCGCACCAGCUCCCCGACACCCCCUUCCUCCGCAGGCUCUGGCGGCUCUUUCAAUCUCUCAGGAUCCGGAGACAUGUUUCUGGGGAUGCCUGGGCUCAACGGAGACUCCUACUCUGCCUCCCAGGUGGAGUCCCUCCGGCACUCGAUGGGCCCAGGGGGCUAUGGAGAGAGCCUCGGGGGCGGCCAGAUGUACAGCCCCCGGGAGAUGAGGGCUAAUGGCGGCUGGCAGGAGGCUGUGACCCCGUCCUCGGUGACGUCCCCCACAGAGGGACCAGGGAGCGUUCACUCUGACACUUCCAACUGA